AUGGACAACUCUUCCCAUGAGGGGAAUUGCCUACAUCUUCCACUCUCUGCCAACGUGAAUGCUGAGUUCAGCAGCGACAAGGGACCCAGGACGCUCCGCAGACAUUAUGCCGCCGAGGUGCGAUACCGGCAGCGAUUGUCGCAGGUAUUUGAAAAGUUGUUGGAUAGCAUCAAAUGCAAAGAGAAUCAUCUCGCUGGCACUGAAGCGGAUUGCGAUUACCACAAUGCCUCGGCACACGGGAAGGUGGACCGCGGCAUGAUCAUCACGCUGGCCAUUAAACGCAUCCGUUAUCUGGAAAUGGCAAACCAGGUGGUUGAUGCCGAAUUGCAAGACAUAGACGAGCAACUCUACCAGGCACAAGCGCUGUUAGGGACUGCGCAGCCCACCGAGUAA